AUGUCAUCAAGACCAAUCUCAAGUUGCACAGGACGACAUGGUUUUCGCCAAAAGGACACGUCAACGAUUCCCCUCGAAGAUUAUCACAUGCCCUGCACCUACAACGCCAGGACCGUCUCUACAAAGGCCCAUUUUCACGUCCUUCUCGAAGCUGCAGGACGCAUCUAUUAUCACUUAAUCGUCAUGCAGAAAACAAAGUCAAGGAAGACGGACGUGAUACAGCUGAGUGAUGGCACACUCAUCAUUAGAGAAAGUUUCGUUGUCGUACACCCAUCUGUUGUCUAUCUUGUCGCUUCGCAUGAAAUCCCAUCACCUCACCUGGCUAUCCUUCGACUCCGUCCUCUGAACUGA